UGCCUGUUUUGCUAAGUCAUCCUGGGACUGCUCAAAAGCAGUGAAAUCCUUUCUUGUCCUUCCUGGCUCCUCCUUCCUCUCCAUCCACUCCUGGACUUAGUUGGGCCCACACAGCGGGCCAGGGCUCACGGCACAUCAACCAUGGCUUACAUUGCCAAGUCUUUCUACGACCUCAGUGCCAUCAGCCUAGAUGGAGAGAAGAUAGAUUUCAACACGUUCCGAGGCAGGGCAGUGCUGAUUGAGAACGUGGCAUCUCUCUGAGGAACAACGACCCGGGACUUCAACCAGCUCAAUGAGUUGCAAUGUCGCUUUCCCAGGCGCCUGGUGAUUCUUGGCUUCCCUUGCAACCAAUUUGGACAUCAGGAGAACUGUCAGAAUGAGGAGAUCCUGAACAGCCUCAAGUACGUCCGCCCUGGGCGUGGCUACCAGCCCACCUUCACUCUUACCCAAAAGUGUGAGGUCAACGGGCAGAACGAGCACCCUGUCUUUGCCUACCUGAAAGACAAGCUGCCCUACCCCUACGACGACCCAUUCUCCCUCAUGACCGAUCCCAAACUCAUCGCCUGGAGUCCCGUGCGCCGCUCGGACGUGUCCUGGAACUUUGAGAAGUUCCUGAUAGGGCCAGAGGGGGAGCCCUUCCGCCGCUACAGCCGCACCUUCCAAACCAUCAACAUCGAGCCCGACAUCAGGCGUCUCCUCAAAGUUGCCAUCUAGAUGGGGGCUGCUCAGCGAGGAUUUCCCCGUUUCCAGGCCCCACGCAUUCUUCCUCGGGACUCAGUGUACCCUCAGGAGACACUGGGGGACUGACGCGGUUCCCUUGGUGUUAACCCCUCCACUGAAGCACCUUGCCUUCUCUGCCUGCCUGUCUUAACUCCCUCAAGGCUCUUGGGGAGUCCAUUUGGGGUUCUAAGUCUGGGGCAGCCUCUGGGCCUUCACAGAAUGAUGGCACCUUCCUAAACCCUUACGGGAGAUGUCUGAGAAGUUGUGGAGGGCCCAAAGGCAGCCUGCUUUAGAGUCCAAUAAAAGGCAGGUGUGGAAAUGGC